UUUGAUGGUGCGUAUAUUCGUCUGCUGUGGAUACAGAGGGAGGGACUCUGCAAGAAAGCCUAUGUUGGCGACAGAAACCAAUCAGAGCAACACCUCACCGAGGACAUCGAUCAGUAUUUAUUUAUCUGACGGAAACCGCCAUUAUUCUGUCAAACAAUAACCUUCAGAACCCCAGAGAAACAUUAGCGCUUUUUGAAAAAUCGCCGACGACAUGGGUGAUUUUAGUAUUGAUCAGAACAACUUGCCUGGCGUUAAAGAGGUGUGCCGGGACUUUGCUGUUCUAGAAGACCAUUGCCUGGCUCACAACCUUCAGGAACAGGAAAUCGAGAGCCACCUGGCAUCAAAUGUCCACAAGAGCCGUCUGGUGCAGCAGGACCUGUAUUUGGCCAAACGUAUGCAAGAGGAGGAAGACCUACGGGCCAAAGCCGAGAGCAAGAGAAAACACAGACACUUUGAACGCAUUGACAAUGAAAUUGCUCAAGAGAUUCAAGAACAACUGGUCCAGCAGGCUGAGCAACUGAGGCAACAGGAGGAGAAAGAUGAGGCCAUCGCCCGAAAGCUGCAGGAGCGAGAGAUGAAAGAAGAGAGAAGACGACAAAAGCAGCUGGAAGCUAAAUUUGAAGAGGAUUAUUAUGAAGACAAAGCCUUCCGACCUCCACUGGACUUGCGAGAGCAGCAUCCUAGUUCCACUUCUCCAGGUUACAGAAAAGAAAGGCAUCCUGACUACAGUCUUGUUCAAUACCCAAACAACUCUCCUGAUCCAGACAGAAAAAGAAAUGGUACCCGCAACCGAUAUCCUGAACUUGACCCAGUUGAGUCAGGAAGAUCAAGGCAUCCAGAGAGACACCCAGAGAUCUAUUCAUCUGAGCAACGACUGAAAUACCCUGAAGAUUAUUCAAAAGAGAAAAACAAACCCCUAGAUCUCGACUAUACUGAACCUCACAGAAGAAAGAAACAGGAUAAAUUGGAUGAACCUCGUUCUGCAAGAGGUGACCUGGAUCCUGUUUUGCGCAGAAAGGAGAAACCACUUAAGGAUUGCUCGGCUGGUCGGGAUAGAGUUUGUGACAAAGAGAAGAACUGGGAUACAGAACGAGAAAAAGAUGGACAGAGAACCAAAGAGAGGCCAAGGGACAGAGACCAGUCAAGAAGUCACGAUCGACUGUUCAGUGAAGAUGUUGACAGAGUCAAUGAAAGGCACAGAAGCGUAGACAGGGAGGUGGACAGAAAUGAUUGCGGACAUCGUAGCAGAGACAGACAAAGGGAAAGAGGUAGAGAUGGGAACAGAGAAAGACUCAAAAGCAGGGAAAGAAGCAUAGAGCGGGAGCUGGAUGACUACAGCCUUGCCCCCUGUAAGAAGACAGAAAAAAGCCUGGAGUGGGAGGAUCACAAGAAUAGGCAUAGGCUUCCAUCAGGUCCUAAUGAGGUGUUUGAGGAGCCCAGUUUCAGAGGUCCCUCUAAUGAGGGCCGGUCCCCCCCCAGAGAAAGAGGCCGGAAGGUUCGAGGAGAGUAUGGCAUGAGGGAAGCUACGCAUGGAUUGGCUCACUUAGACCUACAAGAACUAGAGCUCAAAGACAUGGAGGUGGCACGCAGGCUACAGGAAGAGGAAAUAAAGGCCAGCCUAAUUGACAAACGAGCCAACCAACUUGCGGAAGAUGAAGAAUUAGCUCGACAACUGAUGGAGGAAGAGAAAAGAGAGUAUAAGAGAUCGAGAGAGAAGGAGAAACGAGCGAUGGAGAGAAGACAAGUUGAGGUGGAAUAUAAGCCAGUUCAAGAGGAAGUUGUACGACCACGAACGCGGGAAGAGGUGCGAAGCAGAGAGGAUGAGUACCAGAGAGCACGCAAUCACAAACCUGCAAGGCCACCUACAGAGCACUAUGAAAACAUAAACCCAAGCUAUGCUUACGCGGAGAGCCCUUAUUCUCCUCGUCCUCCAUCAAGGCCAGAAGCAGCAUACAAAGAUGCCUACUACAGACAGUGACCACAAGCUUCGACUGCUGUCCCAUCAUGAGUUGCUCUUUUCUUCCUUUUGGCCCUUUACUUUGAAGACCUCACGAUUUAUCAAAGAAGAUGGAAGGGAGUCUGUGCUACACAUGAAAGUGGAUUUAAAGACUAUUUCGAGUUCUGAGGCUUUCUCUGAAGAGCUAAUGUCACUUUAUUUAGUUUUUUCUUUACGUUUAUUUCAAGUGAGCUGAUGUUGUCUUUUUGUGUUGUGAAAGAGUGUAUGAACUACUGUGUAACUUGUUUGCUUGAUCUCAUGUUCUUGUCUUAUUGUGGAUGGCUGGACAGGAGGGAUUCUACUGCACAGCUCUUUUUGAGUUACCUAUUUUUUUUCUCCGUCCCUCUUGGCAAUGUAUUGCCAUACUAAGAUGAGCAACAUUUGUUUCAUGCACUUCCUAAUCUUGAUUCCAUGUUCCACUAGUCAUUGCUGACAAGUAUGCAGCAGAUGUGGAGAUUUCCAAGAAUACUUUUUGGUUUAAUCAAAAAGGAAAACGCAUGCUUGAAUAUA